GCGAUGUCUUACACUGAACUGGAAAGUGGUUACCACAGCCUUAAGCAGGCUUCUUCCAGUGAUGGAGAAGGCGGUGCCAUUCAAGCUACCUCCGGCCGGCCCGGAUUCUACGUUGGCGAUGAGGGCGAUCUCGAGCAGACUGAUGGGCUCGAUUCAGACGAAUCGUCCACCUCUGGCAAGCAAGUCGUGGUGGCCGUAUGUGCCAUGUCAAAGAAGUCGCAGUCCAAACCGAUGAAGGAGAUAUUGACGCGCCUGCAGGAGUUUGAAUACAUCCGUAUGGUGGUGCUGGGCGAAGAAAUUAUUCUCCAUGAGCCGGUCGACCGAUGGCCGCAGUGCGACUGUCUGAUCUCGUUUCAUUCAAAGGGUUUUCCGCUCGACAAAGCCAUUCAGUACGCUCAGCUGCGUCAGCCUUACGUUAUCAACAAUCUUCACAUGCAGUUUGACAUACAGGACCGUCGUCGCGUCUAUGCAAUCCUUGAACACGAAGGCAUCGAAAUACCGCGCUAUGCCGUACUCGAUCGCGAUUCUGUGGAUCCAAAACAGCACGAGCUGGUCGAGUCGGAGGAUCACGUCGAGGUGAACGGUAUUGUUUUCAACAAACCGUUCGUCGAGAAACCGGUCUCGGCAGAGGAUCACAAUAUUUACAUCUACUACCCGACAUCGGCUGGUGGUGGCAGUCAACGAUUGUUUCGCAAAAUUGGCAGUCGCAGCAGCGUUUACUCGCCCGAGUCUCGCGUCCGAAAGACGGGAUCUUUCAUUUACGAAGAUUUUAUGCCCACUGACGGUACUGAUGUGAAGGUGUACACGGUCGGCCCGGACUAUGCGCAUGCCGAAGCGAGAAAGAGCCCAGCGUUGGAUGGGAAGGUUGAAAGGGACAGCGAUGGCAAAGAGAUUCGAUACCCUGUGAUCCUGAGCAACGCGGAAAAGCUGAUCUCGCGCAAGGUGUGCCUCGCGUUCAAACAAACCGUUUGCGGGUUUGAUCUGCUCCGAGCCAAUGGUAAAUCGUUCGUGUGCGACGUGAACGGCUUCAGUUUCGUGAAAAACUCGAACAAGUAUUACGAUGACUGCGCAAAGAUACUCGGCAAUAUGAUACUGCGCGAGUUGGCUCCUCAGCUGCAUAUACCGUGGUCGGUUCCGUUUCAACUAGACGAUCCGCCAAUUGUACCAACGACAUUUGGUAAGAUGAUGGAACUACGGUGUGUAACUGCCGUCAUCAGACACGGGGACCGCACGCCGAAACAGAAGAUGAAGGUCGAGGUGCGCCAUCAGAAGUUUUUCGAGAUUUUUGAAAAGUACGACGGCUACCGAUUCGGGCACAUCAAACUUAAGCGGCCGAAGCAGCUCCAGGAGAUCCUGGACAUUGCCCGGUCGUUGUUGGCGGAAAUACAGACUAAGGCCGCUGAUUCAGAGAUUGAGGAGAAACAGAGUAAACUGGAGCAGCUCAAAAGCGUGUUGGAAAUGUACGGACAUUUUUCCGGUAUCAAUCGGAAAGUGCAAAUGAAAUAUCAACCCAAGGGACGGCCGCGUGGUUCGAGCUCAGACGAUGGUAAACAUGAUUGCAGUACGUUUUGUUUUCUUUGGUGUAUCUCAGAUGUACCGAAAGAACCUUCGCUGGUGCUGAUCCUCAAGUGGGGUGGCGAAUUAACACCGGCUGGCCGCAUUCAGGCGGAAGAAAUGGGUCGCAUCUUUCGGUGCAUGUACCCAGGGGGGCAGAGCCGGCAGCCAGGCGUAAGCGAAGGACCCGGAACGCAGGGACUUGGUUUGCUCCGGCUGCACUCAACCUUCCGACAUGACCUCAAGAUCUACGCUUCAGACGAGGGUCGCGUCCAGAUGACAGCAGCAGCUUUCGCCAAGGGUUUACUAGCGCUCGAGGGUGAGUUAACGCCGAUUCUAGUGCAGAUGGUGAAGAGUGCCAACACGAAUGGAUUGCUCGACAAUGAUUGUGAUUCGAGCAAGUACCAGAACAUGGCCAAGUCACGCCUCCACGAGCUUAUGCAGACUGAUCGCGAGUUUACAGCCGAAGAUCGGAGCGCCAUCAAUCCAGGCAACGCGAUCAGCAUUAACCUGGCGAUGAAUUUCGUAAAGAACCCGGUGCAAUGCUGCUCCCACGUCCACUCGCUGAUUCGUUCGCUGAUGGCGGUAGUGGCGGUGAAGCGAGAUGAUCCGAAAACACGCGACGCGACGUUGUAUCACGGCGAAACGUGGGAGUUGAUGGGCCGCCGAUGGGGAAAGAUCGAGAAGGAUUUCUGCACCAAAAGCAAGAGCUACGACAUCUCGAAAAUACCGGACAUCUACGACUGCAUCAAAUACGACUUGCAGCACAACCAGCACACACUACAGUUCGAUUUGGCCGAAGAACUAUACAUUUCAGCCAAAUACUUGGCGGACAUAGUUAUACCGCAAGAAUACGGACUGACGAUGCACGAAAAAUUAACUAUCGGCCAGGGAAUCUGUACGCCAUUGUUAAAAAAAAUUCGAGCCGAUCUACAGCGUAACAUUGAGGAGGUUGGAGGGAACGAGAGUGUCAACCGACUGAACCCCCGCUACAGCUAUGGCGUAUCGAGCCCGGGUCGCCACGUUAGAACGAGACUAUAUUUCACGAGCGAAAGCCACGUGCAUUCAUUGCUAACGGUACUCCGACACGGCGGACUGCUUAAUAUGAACACUGAUGAGCAAUGGCGCAGAGCGAUGGAGUACGUAUCGAUGGUGUCGGAAUUGAACUAUAUGUCGCAGAUAGUCAUCAUGCUGUACGAAGACCCGAUGAAGGAUCCUAGCUCAGAAGAGCGUUUUCAUGUGGAGCUCCAUUUCAGCCCAGGCGUUAAUUGUUGUGUACAAAAAAAUUUACCACCCGGCCCUGGUUUUCGUCCGCACAGCCGAAACGAUUCCGUUACCUCGAAGAAUGCAAGUGGUGAUGAAGAUUCUACGUCGCGUAUCGACGAAGAGAACGACACGGAGGAAGAGUGUUCGGUCUCAAACAGUGUCUUGCUACAUCAAACUUUAUCGAAGACGAUAUUCUGGGAUGGAACAAAGGUCAGGAAAAUAUUUAUGGGAGGUCAGACCGUUGGUAUGGUGAUGAAAGAACGCCGAACGCGAAAGGUGAAAUCAUCUUCACCGAUCCCGAUUGGCUCGUGCCACACUGUGUCUGGGCACGAGGCAAUGGAUCUUGCGAAGCGCCUAAGCGAGGAGCUUGCAGUGCAGCAGCAACAGCAACAUAAUCAAAGCGGCUCAUGCGGAAUGUUCGGUGGGAUAGGCGGGCAACAACAACGUGCCAUCAGUCCGGAUACUGAGCCUCGAGCUCGUUCCUUCGAACAUGAGCAGCCCGCGUCGCACGAUCAUCACCAUCACCAUGUCUGCGCAAAGAAUUCUAGCCGUCGUGCGAAAGCAAAAGACCAUCACUCACAUUGUUGCACGCAUGGACACGGAGAACGUUCGGAACUAAACCAACACACAGACGGAGGUGAUUGCCGAAUGACGACGCCGACGGUUACGACGACGACGGCCGCGUUGGCGGCCGCGGCCCCAGCAGCAGCACCGUUAAGGACGAACGGGAGCGACCCCAGCGUACUGGCACCCUCGUCGAACAGUGGAGCCUUUGGACUCGGCAGCCCGUGCUGCUGCGCCCACAGUGCCCACUGUCGCGACGGUGCCGCCCGAGCCGUCAGCGCUGCUGCUGGCGUUGCUAGUCGCACGGCACCGGGCACCAGAACGGUAGUACCGCACGGUGGUUCGCCCAACUCGACGUCCUCUAGCCAAAGCUCGUGCGGCGGCUACUGCUGUUGCUGCUGCUGCGGUUGCGACUGCUGCUACUGUGCGCCCUCGUUGUCCCUGACCGGCGCCGGGACCGGGACGACUGGGACAACAGCGACGACGGCAAUCCGACGCCAGCGGCACAGCAUUGCUGGCCAGAUGAGCUACUUUAAAAUGUUAGGUACCUUCAGCAAGAAGAUGGCCACCAGCACCAACAGCCUGUUCAGCACCGCCGUCAUCAGCGGCAGCUCGUCCGCCCCGAACCUGCGAGACAUGAUUCCCAGUACCGCGUCCCCGUCUGGGUUCGGCGGUGUGCCACCGAUUCGACCACUGGAGACGCUGCACAACGCCCUGUCGCUACGGCAACUCGAUGCGUUCCUGGACCGUAUGACGGUGACAUCGUUGUUCAAAACGCCAGCUUCGUCACCUCCACCGAAGCACCCCGUCUGCCAGCCGUUGCGGAAUACAGAUGCGCCCCAGAUUGGACCAUUGGAAGGUCUGGCACGUAGCGCUAUGUCACAGGAAACGACGGGCCGUAGUGGCGAACUGCUGGCAGAUAAUUGCAUCGCUAUAGCAGCUUCCCCUAGUACACCGAACGGCAUGGUGAAACCAGUGGUUCGUGAGGCCACCGCAGAACUGCCGUCGACGAAACCAGGGACGGACGAACCAUCCACUUCGGUUCCCGUAGGCACCAGCUCGAUGGCACUGGGACUGCGUCCAACAGGAUCUUUGACCGCGCCGUCGGAUGCAACUGCCGUCCCGAUUGGCGCUGCUCCUGGAGCAUCGCAGAUCGAUGGAUAAAAAAAGCGCCAACCGAUACAAACCAAUAAUAGAACGCAUGGUGCCCUGGUUGAUUAAAAUUAUUAUGCCAGUUUGUUUCGAUAAUUAAGUACUGCAAUACAAUUGCUUGCAGAAUGAAUCAGGUUAAAGGUAAAAUACAUUACAAAUCCUCGUUUUAACUCCCACAAAUGAAUCCGUAAAGUCGCUCCGCAAAAGUCCAUGCACGGCUGUUGCAAGUGUGUUCUCGAUGGCGAAGGUUGCCGUUGGGUUUCUUGAGUGCUUUCAGCUCGCUAACCCAUCCUAUCACGGGGACUUUCUUCCCUUGAGGUUAACCCAUCCCAUCAGCAAACGCGAACAUUUAAGGCGCAUAGUUAAAGUCAGUUGGUAUGCGAUAAAAACAGACGUUAGGUAGUGCCAACGCUGGAAUUGAGAAAAUAUUUAUUUAUUGAAUGGUCUCAAAACGAGAUUCCACAGUGAAGUUACCACUUUAACACAGUUUGGACACCUCGGAGCGGCUGACUUCUUGUCAAGUAGAACCUGAGAACAUUUGCAACCAUUGUACGCCUGUCAAGAACUCUUUAAACAAGAAAUUUGGCAUUUUGGUAGUUUGCCAGAGUUUCAACAAAAACGAACAACAUUGCCAGCGAGGGUCAGAGAAAAUUAGACAUUAAGUCACUUUUUCAAAACGAGAAGCAUAAAUACCAUUGCUGGAAUUGAUACAACUGCGAUGCCCGCCGUGUGCUAUAAACCUGAUCUACAAAAAAAAGCGUAAUUUAAGUAUAGUAUUUAUAGUUUCAAUUAAAAUAAUAGUUA